CGGAUAUAGGUUUAUGAUACCAAAUUGGUGGUGGUAUAACACCGCUGAACAUCAAGGGCAUCAAGUGUGAACUCCUCGAUCCUAUCCUGGAUUGCCACCACUGUGAAUGACCCGCAAGACAGGGGGAUGACAGGGAUCGUAAAUUAGAAAGACACCAUCGAUAUCGGCUUCAGUCGGGGUUACUUCCCACCCAUAAGAGGGCCUCCCUUUGCGUUCAGGACUAGAACCUGAACGGAAGGUGUUUCGACGGUGGCCAGAUUGGUCUGGGCAACUUGUGUUCUGUCCAGCAACCCACUUCUCCUACUCCUAGACCUUAAAAAUGAACCAUCCCCGACAUUCAUGGUGACAAUUUCCAGCAGCUCUUGGGUUCGAUUGCUAUUCCCCAGUUUCCUGAUAUCGCAAACAUGGAGUCGCACCAACUCAAGCAUCGCGCUGUCUCCGCGAACGAAGAGGUCCGCAGCCAUGAUCGCGAUGUCACCGAUCUGGCGCGACUGGGAAAGAAAUCAGUUCUGAAGCGAACAUUCGGCAUCCUAUCCACACUCGGGUUCAGCUGCACAAUUCUUGCGACGUGGGAGGGAUUGUUCAAUACUUUGCUCAUGCCUCUAUCAAAUGGCGGUCCAGGAGGCGCAAUCUACGCCUUUAUUUUCGCCUGGACAGGAACCGCAUGCUGCUUUGUGGUAAUAUCUGAAUUGGCCUCAAUGGCACCAACUUCUGGAGGCCAAUACCAUUGGUGCGCCAUGCUUGCUCCGCCGCGUCACAUGAAGUUCCUCAGUUACAUGACUGGGUGGGUUACCGUCAUUGGAUGGCAGGCUGCAUUCGCCUCGUCCUCGUUUCUUGCAGGGACUCAGAUCCAAGGCGCGGUCCGCCUCGGGCACGAACUUUACCAGGCGAAGCCCUGGCAAGGAACCCUUCUCAUGUGGGCGGCCGUCCUGCUGGCGUUUGGAAUCAACGUGGUCGGAGGCAAGUUGCUCCCCCGGCUUGAGACGGUCAUUCUGGUGGUUCAUUUGCUGGGCUUCUUUGCCAUUCUCAUCCCGAUGACCUACAUGGCCGACCAUAAGUCCUCGCACGACGUAUUUCUCGAGUUUGUCAACAGUGGUGGAUUUCCCAGUCAGGGGUUGUCGUGGUUUGUUGGAAUGACGGGUUGCGUUUUCGCCUUCGCUGGGGGCGAUGCUGCUGUGCACGAAGAUUGGAUCAUUGACCAGAAACAGAUGGCCGAGGAGGUGCGCAACGCAUCUGUGGCAAUUCCGAGAGCAAUUCUCCUGUCCGUCCUCAUCAAUGGAACGCUCGGAUUCAGCAUGUUGAUUGCUGUACUGUUCUGCCUGGGGGAUCUCGACGCUGCCCUGGCAACUCCCACUGGAUAUCCGUACAUGGAGAUAUUCCGCCAAGCUACCAAUUCACUCCCGGGGGCCCUCGGAAUGACCUCAAUCUUGCUGAUUAUUGGCGUCUGCUCGGUGAUUGGAAUGCUGGCCGCAACGUCUCGUCAGUUCUGGUCUUUUGCGCGUGAUCGAGCUGUCCCUGGAUGGCGCAUCUGGAGCAAGGUCUCCCCUAUUAACUGCCUCCCCACGUACUCGAUCCUGCUCACAAUGACCGUAUGCUGUCUCCUGGGCCUCAUCAAUAUCGGCUCCAGCGUCGCCCUCAACGCUGUCGUCUCCAUGGCGGUCUCUGGUCUCUAUCUCUCCUACCUCAUGGUCGGAAGUCUUCUUCUCUACCGACGAUGCACGGGCGCCAUCUCGCAACACGACCAUGGAGAAGACGGGGUCAUCAAUGUUCCCGGUGCCAAGUUGGCCUGGGGCCCAUUCCAUGUGCCGGGGAUUUGGGGCACGGCGGUCAACACCUACGCGGUGAUUUAUAUGGUGAUCGUCGUGUUCUUCAGUUUCUGGCCUUCUCAGAUGUCAGUCAACAAAACGACAAUGAACUUCAGUGUGGUGGGUACUGUGGGCACUAUUCUGCUGGCACUUUUGUACUAUGUGCUGCGGGCGAGGAAGGUGUACACGGGACCUGUCAUGGAGGUUUCGAUCUGA